UCUGAUGGCCAUGGCAGAGGAAGAGUUCUAGAGAGAGAGAGAGAGAGAGAGAGAGAGAAACGUUUUCGAAGAAUUCGCUUACAUAACCAGAGCCAACAGAUCCCACGGGAGUGGAACAGUGGCCUACGUCGGUUAUACUCUCGCUUGCCAUUUUUCCUUUUUAGGGGUCUAAGGAGGUUCUCGCUCUGUGUAUUCCUCCUUUACUUUUCUCUCUCUCAAGCUCGUUUUACAGUCCUUUUUUUCUUUUCUUUCUGGGAAAGCUUUUUUUGGGGUGAUCGGAGUUGGUUCUGAUUGAAAUUUGGGAGAUUGAGUUCUUCCUAUUGAGUGAUCUGGGUCUGAGGGGAGGUGAAGAGUUGGAGAGAAAUGGAGGAAUCUCUUCUGUGCCAGUGGAGCGUGAUUAGAUCUCUUUUGGCAAUUCUUCAAUGGUGGAGUUUCAAUGUCACAGUGAUUGUAAUGAACAAGUGGAUCUUCCAGAAACUUGAUUUUAAGUUUCCUCUUACCGUAUCAUGUAUUCAUUUCAUUUGCUCUUCAAUUGGAGCUUUCCUGGUUAUUAAAGUUUUGAAGCUUAAACCAUUGAUAACGGUUGACCCUGAAGAUCGCUGGAGAAGGAUAUUUCCAAUGUCAUUUGUGUUCUGCAUUAACAUAGUAUUGGGGAAUGUCAGCUUACGCUACAUACCAGUUUCCUUUAUGCAAACAAUAAAGUCGUUUACUCCUGCAACUACAGUUGUUUUACAGUGGCUGGUUUGGAAAAAGUACUUUGAUUGGCGUAUAUGGGCUUCUUUAAUACCCAUUGUUGGAGGGAUUCUUCUUACUUCUGUUACAGAGCUUAGUUUUAACAUGUUUGGAUUUUGUGCCGCCUUAUUUGGCUGUUUGGCUACCUCCACGAAGACUAUCCUGGCAGAGUCUCUCUUACAUGGAUACAAGUUCGACAGCAUAAAUACAGUGUACUACAUGGCCCCUUAUGCAACCAUGAUUUUGGCUGUACCUGCAAUGCUACUUGAAGGUAAUGGGGUUCUGGAAUGGCUUCACACCACUCAGUCUCUUGGUUCGUCACUUGUUAUCAUUUUCAGCUCCGGGGUGUUGGCGUUCUGUCUCAACUUCUCCAUUUUUUAUGUCAUUCACUCCACAACUGCUGUCACAUUCAAUGUGGCCGGAAACCUUAAGGUUGCGGUUGCUGUCCUAGUUUCAUGGAUGAUUUUCCGCAACCCAAUCUCAGGUUUGAAUGCUGUUGGUUGCGCAAUUACACUUGUAGGGUGUACAUUCUACGGCUAUGUGAGGCACAUGCUUGCGCAACAGCCACCAGGAACACCGCGAACACCCCGAACACCUCGUACUCCCCGAGCCCGUAUGGAACUGCUUCCUCUUGUAAAUGAUAAAUUAGAUGAUAAAGUCUAAUGGUUUCAAGUCAUGCAUGAGAUGAGGCUCAUGGCAGUUUGAUAAGGGUUAAUAGGAAGAGAGUACAAAAGAAAUUAAAAUGAAAAAACUCACAGCUCUUUGUUGUGUAAACUUGCUUUAGAUUAACUUAAAUUUUUUACAUGUGUUUUCCCCUACUGGGAAUAUCUUCAAAUUCUUGUUUUGUAUUCAUUUUCCCAUGUUUUAUUCGCUAUAUUAUUAGUACUUUGAUUUUGAGACAA